CAAAUAAGCCCAAAAUUGCUUUUAAGUUUAAGCCGAUCCAAACACCCUCCUAAUCGGGGUUAACUCUCACUUUCUUCUUCAUUCAUCCUCCUUUUUCACGCUAACUCUCAAAGAACCCCCUUUUUUUUUUUGUACAUUCAACGUACGACGAUUACACAUCUACUGAACCAGAAGAAGAUGAGAUAUAGAAAGGAUAAAUGUGAUCUGAUAAUUGGAGGACUAGUGUUAAUUGUGGGCAGUUGGGUAAUGGGAGUAAAAGGGUCGAUCCAUGAGUACAAGAAUGAAGCUUUUAUUCCUCGUUUUAAUUCAUUCUUCUUCCAUGGUGGUAGUGAAGGUCUUUAUGCUUCUAAGGUGCAAGAUUCUCCCCUUCCCCUUCCCCUUUCUGAUGACACCAAUAAUAAACCCCUUAAUGGCAAGUCUUUCAUCAGUUGUAGAUGUAGGUGUGAUCCUGAAUCAAAGCUGGCUAGAAAAAUUACAAGGAAGAAAAUUGAGAUUCUACUAGAUUUGAAAGGAGGAUUGCAACAGUUAUUGAAAAUAAGGAGAUGGUUUGUGAAUGCAAUUUUACAAAGUGAAUGAGUUAGGUAGAUAAAUUUAUUCUGGAAAAGUAUGUCCAACCAGACUUUUUAGUGUGCCAGCAAAAGUUAUUGAAAAUAUGGGUGAUAUGUACAUAUUAUUUGCAUAGCACAUUUGACACUCAAAGGGAUUAAGAAUACAAAGUGUGGAACACGAAAGUUAUGUUAGUUAAGCAAUUGGUAGGGAUAAAUGUUCUUCAUGGAAAUUAUUUUCUUAAAAAAAUAUUUGACCUGGAAAUCAAUUUAUGGAUCAUUUUUCAGAAGAAGUAACUACACAUUGCUGCAGGUUUUCUCAACCAUUUAUGUUAGAUUACAGUAAAGUGGGAGAUUUUCCAUACAGGACAAUAGUGUUUUAUUCAGCAAUUGAGGAAGCUGCGAUGGGUCUUUGCAAACUUCAGUCUAUAUCUAUUUAUGUGCUAUAUUUAAAAAAAAAAAGAACUCACUUAUUAACUUCUAUUAAUUACACGGUUACGCCCCCCAUUCUUCCUCAUCCUCGCCACUUCCCCUACAAUUGUAACUUCAUUACUAACAUUCUCUUCAUCUAUUAAUCAUAAGUAUUGGGAUAAGGUGAUUAGACAUGACAUGACACAUCUUCAACUUACCGAGGACAUGACCCUAGAUAGGAGGGUAUGGAGGUCAAGUAUUAGGGUAGAAGGUUAGUAGGUAGUCGAGGAGCGAUGUCUCACGUUCUUGAGAGUGUGAGUGAGAGAUGGUGACAGUUUGGAGCACGUUAUCUACUCCUCCUUCUACAUA